AUGCUGACCUGCCUCGCUGCGCGACGGCUCCUCGGCACCGCUGCUCCCAGCCCCUGGGCGGUGCUCGGCGUCAGGCGCGGCGAGGAACUGGACGAGUGCAAGCGAGCCUUCCGCCGGCUGGCUCUCUCGCUGCACCCGGAUGUCGCGGGCGACGACCCCGGCGCCGCCGAGCGCUUUGCCGCCGUCGUCCGAGCGUUUGAGGAGAUCCGCGACGGCACCGGACCCGGCACCGCGCCGCGCGGCCGCUGGCUCCGCGGCGUGCGCUCGGUGGACGAUGUGCUCACCGUCUCCGUCUCCGACCUCCGCACAGACCCGGCCUACGAGGAGCUGGUUGGCGUGGAUGCCGCGACGGCUGGAAGGCGGCGCGUGGGGGGCAACGAGUUGGUGUGGCGUGGGCAGCUGCUCGCCGAGCACCUCUUCGUGCAGGACUACGCCAUCGCCAGCACAGAUAUGAUACACUAUGUCGUGUGCCGUCAAUAA